AAGUAGGAGACCCCCGUCGUGAAAAGUGCGUUAAUAAUACUAAAGAAGAAUCCAGGGGCACUCCAUAUUUUAGGAAACCCUAUAAAGGAUUUUAAAAUAGAUUCUUCUGAUGUAAAUUCUCUUAUUAAAAAGGAAAAUCAGACUAUUUAUAAAAUCCCAGUAAAGGGUCCUAAUGGGAAUGGAUUUUAUCAUCUGUACACUUCAACAGAUGACGGAGUUUGGUCAGCGGUCAGAGCAGACCUAGAGGUCAGGGAAUCUACACAAUUAGCUCCUGAGAAGUACAAGGAUAGGAGACUGGUUAUAUUUGACAAGAAGAAGCAUGGCGACGUGAUAGAUUUUGCAAAGCUCACGGAGUCCUCACCCCCGUAGAAGAAGUUCUUUCAGAUUUAUCUUGGGAUUCAUAAAUUCUAAUUCUUUGAAAAUGGAUUUGUUCAAGAAAUUAAGGCAUUGUUUUCAUAUUCAACGGAAUUCCCAGAUCUAAUUAAAUAACUUUCGAAAUUUUGCUAAAUUUUUAUAUUUUUUGAAAUAUAUAAAUGUUUUCAGAUUUAAGAUGACGGGAAUCUCUUUAAAUGCUUACCUCUCAAAGGUUGCUGUUGCUUAUGAAAACUACGAUGGAUUCAAUCUCUCUAUUCUUCUCUCUUUCGAGGACAGUCAUAUUGCCAACAGCAGGCUCCAGGUUCAAGAGCCUGAGGCUGCAGUAGAGCGCGUGAUCGAUCAGCCUCUUGAUGAAAUGGUUGCGGCGCAUUUGCGCGCUUGCUGGGCUUGGGCAAACUCAGAGUUCACAGAAGCUUUCAAAUGCCAAGAAAUAGUUGUUAACAGCUUCGCCCGACUGCUCAGCUCAUGUAAAGAUGAAAAUUGGCUGCUUCCUGUUAUGCAGGUUGUGUGCCUGGACCUGCGUAAGUUUGCUCUACGAGCUGACCAGCAGAAGACGAAGGGUGGGAAGAACAACACAGGACAAACUCUGGAGAAAGCUAGUGAGGGGAUAAUGGCCUGUUUCAGGGUCUGUGCUGCUGAUGCUAGAUCAGCAGAAGAACUGUCAAAGAAAUGGGGAAUGCUGAAUCUUGUGAACCAGCUGUUCAAGAUCUAUUUUAAAGUAAAUAAACUUCAUCUCUGCAAACCUCUCAUCAGAGCCAUUGAAUCUUCAGCUUUUAAAGAUAGGUUUAAGAAGUCUCAGUUAGUAACCUACAGGUACUAUGUGGGGCGGAAGUAUAUGUUUGACUACAACUUCAGAGAGGCGGAAGAGUACCUAAGAUAUGCAUUUGAGAAAUGUGAUCAGAGGAUGAAGAAGAAUAAGAAGUUGAUCCUCAUAUACCUCAUUCCGGUCAAGAUGCUUCUUGGUCAGAUGCCAAAGGAAUCCCUCUUGAAAAAGUACGACCUUCUGGAGUUUAAGGGUGUGAUGAACUCUGUGAAGGAAGGAAACCUGCACCAUCUGAACCAGGAGCUAGAAAGAUUAGAGAAGACGUUUAUUAAAUGGGGAAUAUUCCUCAUUCUCGAGAAACUCAAGAUUAUCACUUACAGAAACCUGUUUAAGAAAGUUUAUCUAAUAAUGAAAUCGCAUCAAGUCAGUGUUGAAGCAUUCACCGUUGCUCUCAGGUUAAUGGGUAUAGAAGAUGCUGAUAAUGAGGAGACAGCCUGUAUUAUUGCAAACCUAAUCUACGAAUCUAAGAUCAAGGGAUACAUUUCCCAUCAGCAUCAGAAACUGGUUGUCAGCAAACAGAAUCCAUUCCCAUCGUUAGUAGGGGUGCCAUAACCGCAUAAUUCAUUCCCAUCCCUAGUGGCAUAAUCCCCUUUUUUAUUUCGAUCCCUAGAAAUGGAUCAUAAUCAUUUUCCUCCAUUUCCACUCAAACCAUUCAAACCCACAAUACUAUCAGCAUCUAAAACGUUAACUUUUAUUUCCCAAGCAAUGGAUUAUCUCCUUAUUCCUGUGAAAAAAAGAAUAUUCAAGAUGUUAUUAUUUUUUACAUUUGGUUUUUUUAAUAAAUAUUUUUCAUUAACAAA